GUCUUGAUUCUUCAAGAAGACCAAAUAUUCUCUGCUGCUUGCUGUUUCUUUCAAACCGCAGCCUAAUUGGAUUCUCCAAAGUCCAAAACAUUGGCAGAAACAAAAGGUCCUCUAUUCAGAUCAUGUCAUCACAAACAAACACCACCCAAGUUUGAAAAAAAAUUCAUACCCUCCCCUCCGUCAAUCCACACUUUUCAGAAAAGUCAAACUCAUUUCUUCACUUUUCUUCGUAUACCUACCUAAUCUCCUCCCUUUCAAUUCCUUUCAUCCUUCGUAAUUCGUAUCUAAAUCUAAAAAGCAAGACAAGAAAAAAAAAAAUGUACUAAGAAACAUGAAGCUCCAAACACAUCAACUGCUACUCUCCUUUGUGUUGUUCUCCGCUGUCAUCAUCUCCACAAUUUCAGGAACCACCAUCACCAUCUCUCCGGGCACAACCCUAUACGCUUCCAACACAACCCAAUCAUGGUCCUCUCCGAACGACACUUUCUCUCUCCACUUCCUCCCCCUCCACCCUCCAACUUUCCCUCCUUCCUUCACCGCCGCCGUUGUCCACUCCGGCGGUGCUCCCGCCGUCUGGUCGGCUGGAAACGGCGCUGCCGUCGACUCCGCCGCAUCCUUCCAGUUCCUCCCCUCCGGCAACCUCGUCCUCGUUAACGGGUCGGGUUCCACCGUGUGGGACUCCGGAACUUCCAACAUGGGUGUCUCCUCUGCCACCCUUCACGACAACGGAAACUUGGUUCUCUCCAAUGCCACCAGUUCCGUGUGGUCGAGCUUCGACAACCCCACUGACACCAUUGUUUCGUUUCAGAACUUUACUGUUGGUAUGGUUUUGCGUUCUGGGUCGUUCUCAUUUUCUGUUCUUAGUUCUGGGAACCUCACUCUCAAGUGGAGUGAUAGUGUCCCUUACUGGGAUCAAGGCUUGAACUUUUCCAUGAGUGUGAUGAAUUUGAGUUCACCUGUUUUGGGGGUGGAACCAAAGGGGGUUUUGCAGCUUUUUUAUCCCAAUUUGAGUGCCCCUGUGGUGGUUGCUUAUAGCAGUGACUAUGGUGAAGGGAGUGAUGUGUUGAGGGUUUUGAAGUUGGAUGGUGAUGGGAAUUUGAGGGUUUAUAGCUCUAAGAGGGGUAGUGGGACCGUGAGUUCAACAUGGGUUGCUGUUGAGGAUCAAUGUGAGGUUUUUGGUUACUGUGGUCAUAAUGGUGUUUGUAGUUACAAUGAUUCUAGUUCUAGCCCCAUUUGUGGAUGUCCAUCUCAGAAUUUUGAGAUGGUUAAUCCUAGUGAUAGUAGGAAAGGGUGUAGGAGGAAGGUGAGGCUUGAGGAUUGUGUAGGGAAGGUGGCAAUGUUGCAACUUGACCAUGCUCAAUUCUUGACUUAUCCUCCUCAGUUUUUGAUCAAUCCUGAGGUGUUUUUCAUUGGUAUUUCAGCUUGCAGUGGAAAUUGUCUUGCUGCUAAUUCUUGUUUUGCUUCCACUUCCUUGUCUGAUGGAAGUGGACUUUGUUACAUAAAGACGUCAAAUUUUAUUAGUGGCUACCAGAAUCCUGCUCUACCUAGCACUUCAUAUAUCAAGGUUUGUGGACCAGUGGCUCCUAAUUUGGCACCUUCGUUAGAGAAUGCGCAUUGGAGGUUACAUGGUUGGGUAGCUCUUGUUGUUUUGAGUACCCUUUUAUGUUUCCUUGUUUUUCAGGGUGGUUUAUGGUUGUGGUGUUGUAGAAACAGGCAACGAUUUGGAGGUUUUGCAGCUCAGUAUACUCUUCUUGAGUAUGCUUCUGGCGCACCGGUUCAUUUCUCUUAUAAGGAGCUUCAAAGGUCCACAAAAGGGUUCAAGGAGAAACUAGGUGAUGGGGGGUUUGGUGCUGUUUAUAAAGGAACUCUCUCUAAUCAAACUGUUGUUGCGGUUAAGCAACUUGAGGGCAUUGAACAGGGAGAGAAACAGUUUAGGAUGGAAGUUUCUACCAUAAGUAGUACCCAUCAUUUAAAUUUAGUGAGGCUGAUUGGUUUUUGCUCUGAAGGGCAACACAGGCUUCUAGUGUACGAGUUUAUGAAAAAUGGAUCUCUUGAUAAUUUUCUUUUUGUUGAUGAAGAACAACAGUCAGGGAAAUUGUUGAACUGGGGGUAUAGAUUCAACAUUGCUCUAGGUGCUGCUAAGGGCUUGACAUACCUUCACGAGGAGUGUAGAAAUUGCAUUGUCCAUUGCGAUGUAAAACCUGAAAACAUUCUUUUAGAUGAGAAUUACAAUGCAAAAGUCUCAGAUUUCGGCCUUGCAAAGCUCCUACGUCCAGUGGAUUGCAGGCACCGGACCUUGACAAGUGUGAGAGGAACCAGAGGGUAUCUAGCUCCCGAAUGGCUAGCAAAUCUUCCCAUAACUUCCAAAUCUGAUGUUUACAGUUAUGGCAUGGUAUUGUUGGAGAUAGUGAGUGGUAGAAGGAACUUUGAAGUCUCAGAAGAAACAAGAAGAAGAAAGUUUUCAGUCUGGGCUUAUGAAGAGUUUGAGAAAGGCAACAUCAUGGGAGUUAUUGACAGAAGAUUGGUUAACCAAGAAAUCAACUUGGAGCCAGUGAAAAGAGUGCUUAUGGCAUGUUUUUGGUGCAUACAGGAACAACCAUCUCAUAGGCCAACAAUGAGCAAAGUGGUGCAAAUGCUAGAAGGUGUGAUAGAUAUUGAGAGGCCACCAGCCCCAAAAAUCAAUAGCAAUGCCGCUCCUAUCUCCACUAUUGCAACUUCAUCAGCUCCAAAUUACUCCUCAUCUUCAUCUUUGUUUACUUUUGAGGCUUCUCCCUUGGCUCUUGCAAUAUCCUAGUAUAUUUUUUUUUUGGCUCUUGCAACUCCUAUAAUCAUCGGAGUGCAGUUUCAAAGCCAGGCCUUUUUUUUUCCCAUUAUUUAUAACUGGAAUUCAUAUAAUUUCACUACUAGUGAUAUGUAGUUUCCAAUA